AUGGCUGAUAAUUCCAACAAGGUCCGCAAUCAGCUGCAACAAAUGGAUAUGAUAUACCAGCAGGCCACUGUCACCAUCAUCGCAGCUGCAGGAACGAAUGCACAUUAUGGCCUUCCGGGAGUCAACGAAAGCUAUCGUAAACCAGCAUCACCCGUUCGUGUCCAUAAUGAACGCUUGUACGCGAUACCCAAGCCUGAGCGACGGUUUGACAAUUGCAGGUGGAUCACAAGAGCAUGGACUUACCAAGAAGGCUUAUUGUCAACGAGACGACUGAUAUUCACCGACGAGCAGCUGUACUUCGAGUGCAAUGGAUGUUACUGUGCUGAAAUGAUACAGAUAUCCUUGGACUCGUUCAAGAAGCUCCACGCUCCUGAUAAACCAUACUUUCACAGGCGCUACCGCGGAGAGGGAAGCCGCAUGGGCACCUUUCCCCUCAAUGGCUAUGGUGUCGGCCCCUGGGACAUCUAUACUCGGAUCCACGAAUACUCUGAGAGGUCACUAUCCCAUGACUCCGAUAUUCUCAAUGGGAUAUUGGGAAUAUUCCGAGCGUUUGAGAAGAUUCAAAAUCCCAUGCGGCAUCUGUAUGGAAUUCCUUUCCCGAAGGCAACAGCCUGCCCCAAUCAAGUCAAGAAGUUCGAUAAUUCGGACCAAAUUCUGCCCACAUUUUCUGAGAGCCUUCAAUGGAAGUUGGAGGUACCUUCGAAGCGGCGUCAAGGUUUUCCAAGCUGGUCAUGGACGGGAUGGUAUGGCAGAAUCAUCUGGCCCGCCCUUUUCACAGUUGUUAAGAUUGUCCGCAAAUCCAGCAAAAUGGAACGCCCUCGCAAUCCGGAAGAAACCGAGCGAGCCCUUGACUUGUCAGUCGAGCUUCUCAAUGGUAAUGAGAUGAAGUGGACAGAGUUCCAGGAGAAUUACGAAUUGCUCCUUGCUUCCAACGCACUCGGUGGCUUUAUAUCGAUCGAGGCAAAUGCAACACCUGUCUCUUUAAUCCCAGGUGUGACGGACAGCGGGCCCCAAAGCCCUCAAUUUCGUCUAAAUCUUGCCGAGGGAACUCAUCCAAUUUUGGCUUCGAUAACCACCGUGGAAGAUUUGCAGCCUCACGAUACGUUCCUCGCGAUCCACUUCCACCGUACAGUGAAAGGAGACCAAGGCCGAAGCGGAAAGUCGGCGACUGCGAGUGAUACCCAACAUCUUUUGAUAGUGCAACAGCUGGGAAGCCAUUGGGAGCGCGUAGCUAUUGGUUCUUAUGUUAUUGAUUCCAAGAACGAAGUGCCCUCAACGAGGCAACGGAUACGGUUGGGUUGA